UUCACUUUCCACAAUGGCCCUUUUACGACCACGGACAGCCCCAAGAGCACUUGCCCUUCCACGUACAUACCGCCCCAUCUCCCGCUUCAACCACUCCUCCGCCUCCACCUCAGCGACUUCCCAGGUCGCCUCGGCAGUCUCAGACACGGUCGCUUCCCUGCGCAAUUCUUUUCGUCAAGCAACAGAGUUUCUCCACAGUCCGCUGUAUGAUGGUGCAGAGGAGAAAGGACUGAGAAUGCUGGUGUUUGGAAAGCCGGGGAGCGGAAAGGGUACUUUGAGCUCUCGGUAUGCUUUUAUAUCUUCGUUUUCGCAUCUAUACAUACUCACUAUCAUAUGCCAGGCUAAUCGAGCAUUAUGACAUUGCAUUCGUAUCGACUGGAGACGUGCUCCGGAAAGAAAUAGCCGCCAAGUCUGAGAUGGGCAAGAAGGCCGAGGCUAUCGUCGCUUCUGGAGGCCUGGUGUCUGAUGAGCUCAUGCUGGAGAUCGUCAAGGCGGAGCUUGACCGGCUGAAAGGCAAGAGUUUCAUCCUCGACGGCUUUCCUCGGACAUUGCACCAAGGUCAACUUCUCGACAACGUUCUGAACCAAGAGAACCGGCCCCUCAACAUGGUCGUACACUUGAACGUUCCUGAUUCUGUCAUUAUGGCCCGUAUAGCAGCCCGGUGGGUCCACCUCCCCUCUGGCCGAGUAUACAACACCACAUACUCUGCACCCAAAAUCCCUGGGAAAGACGACGUGACCGGCGAACCUCUUACGAAACGACCUGACGAUACUCCUGAAACGUUCUCCAAGAGAUUACGAGCUUACUACGAAUCCACCGCCCCCUUACUCGAGUACUUUGAAGAAAACUAUCCCGAGUCAUUACACUCGAUCUCUGGUUCAUCAUCCGACGAGGUACUUUCCGCUCCAGCCACCUCGGCUUUUACCUCGCAGGCAUCCCGUUCUGACGCUGCUUCUUCUGCAUCUGCAUUUUCGUCCCCCACCACCAUCAUAUCUGCCUCUUCUUCUUCUCCCUUUUCUCCCUCUUCGUCUUCUUCUUCCGAUGCCGGCGACGAAUGUCCUAUCGAAACCUCAAAACAAAACGCUGCGCUCGAUAAGCUCUGGCCCCAAUUGGUCGAUCUCAUUGAACCGUUCAAACUUGAGCGAAAGACUGCUGCUGCUGUGCCCGGGGCGGAGGGGUUGGAGAAGGUGCGGAGUGCGGCGGAUGAUUUGAGGGAUGAUAGGGAGGAAGGUGUGGGGAGAGCUGAGAAGGUGUAGGGUGGGUUAGAUGGAAGAGCGUGGGAGAUGUAGAAGCGAACGCAUUGUAAAUUAGCUCGUAUAUGUAUACACUAAACGUCUUGAAAA